ACUGGACGAAGCAAAGCAGCCUUGUCUGACGCAGACAUCUAGUAGUACGGUACAAAGCAACCUCACCCAUCCAGCUAAUUUCUUAUCAACGACGUUUCAACACAAGCCCUCCAUACCGUGGUGGACCUCACACCAUGGACGGCCCUUCUACUUAUACGUCUUUCUCUCUGACGCAUGUCAAUUAUAAUCCUCAUGACCGUGUCUCGUACCUCUGUGCAUGGCUUGCCAUCGUUCCUCAGGGGCUCUGCGUUGCAUACGCAACCUUGAUCUAUUCUACUCGUGAGAUUGAGAUUAUUCUCAUGUUUGCUGGGCAAAUGGCAUGUGAGGCAGUUAACUUUAUCCUGAAGAGGAUCAUUAAGGAGGAAAGACCAAAGCGAAUGCACGGCAAGGGGUAUGGGAUGCCAUCGUCUCAUGCCCAAUUUGUGACUUUCUUUUCAGUGCAUUUAGCUCUGUUCUUGCUGUUAAGACAUACUCCGCCAAAGGCCACGAAAGCCUCGCACACACCAAUACCGUUCGCCCAAAGAGUGGCGCUGUCUAUAGCUGCACUGGUAUGCGCAGGGCUAGUUGCAGGAAGCCGGAUAUAUCUGAACUACCAUACACCAAAGCAAGUUCUUGUUGGAUGUGCAGCAGGGUUGGUAAGUGCUGUUGGCUGGUUCUGCAUCACAACUAUUUUCAGGAGGAGCGGGCUCCUGGAAUAUACCCUGGAUACUCCUUUGGUACGGCUGUUUCGAGUAAGAGACUUAGUGGUGGAAGAAGACCUGUCACAAUCUGGCUGGGAGAAGUGGGAAGAGAGGAGGGCGAUGUCUCAUACGCGCCGAAAUACCCAAAAGACAAAGAAACGGUAGCCUAGUGAACAAUGAUGGAGUCAGGAAUAGCACCUUCUCAACACAGCCUGGAUAAC